AGUAAUGGCAACCUACACUUGUAUCACUUGCCGUGUGGCUUUCAAAGAUGCUGACAUUCAGCGUGCCCAUUACAAAACUGACUGGCAUAGAUACAACCUGAAGCGUAAGGUUGCCGAGAUGCCUCCUGUCACUGCUGAGAAUUUCCAAGAGAGAGUCCUAGCGCAGAGAGCAGUAGCAGAGGAGCAGAACAAAAUCACUGCCACUUACUGUACAGUUUGCAGCAAGAGAUUCUCCACCUUCAAUGCCUAUGAGAAUCACUUGAAGUCCAAGAAGCACCUGGAGUUGGAGAAGAAAGCUGUUCAAGCUGUCAGCAAGAAGGUGAAAAUAUUAAAUGAAAAGAACCUGGAAAAGGGGCUGGCCCCAGAGAGUGUAAACAAAGAUGAAAUGAACACAGCUAUCCAGCAAGCCAUCAGAGCUCAGCCAUCUUCGUCUCCGAAGAAGACACCUUUACUUCCUAGUAGGGCAAGUAGCUCUCCAGUUUCUGCAGGAAGCACCAGCUUAUCACAGAGUAGAGAACGAUCAGAAAAACCUCCACGGCUACAGUGGUUUGAACAGCAAGCAAAGAGGCUGGCUAAACAACAAGCAGAGGAAGAAGAGGAUACGGAAGAAGACUGGGAAGAUAUGGAUUCUGAUGAAGACACCAGCUCUGAAGAAGAGUUGGAAAAUGUGGGAGAAGAAGAGGUCAUCCCUGCUGUUGGGGCCAUACCAGUCACAGACUGCUUGUUCUGUCCCCAUCAUUCAAGAUCUCUCACAAAAAAUGUGGCCCAUAUGACAAAAGCUCACAGUUUCUUCAUUCCAGACGUAGAGUACCUCGUGGAUCUCAGAGGGCUAAUCAAGUACCUGGGAGAGAAGAUUGGCAUUGGGAAAAUCUGCAUCUGGUGCAAUGAAAAAGGAAAAUCCUUCUACUCUACAGAAGCAGUACAGGCUCACAUGAAUGAUAAAAGCCACUGCAAACUCUUCACAGAUGGAGAUGCUGCCCUGGAAUUUGCAGACUUCUAUGAUUUUAGGAGCAGUUACCCUGAUCACAAGGAUGGGGAGGAUGCGGAGGUGCCCGGAGAGCGCCCAGCAGAGAGAGAGUUGGAUUAUGAUGAUGACACCAUGGAGCUGAUCCUUCCUUCAGGUGCAAGAGUGGGUCAUCGUUCUCUAAUGAGAUACUACAAGCAACGGUUUGGUCUGUCAAGAACGGUGGCUGUUGUUAAAAAUAAGAAAGCAGUGGGUCGGGUCUUACAGCAGUACAGAGCUUUGGGCUGGACAAGUCAGACAGGGGCAGUCUUUGCUCAGCGGCGUGAUAUGCAGUACCUGCAAAGGAUGAAGUCAAAGUGGAUGCUCAAGACAGGAAUGAGUAACAAUGCCACCAAGCAGAUGCAUUUCCGGGUGCAAGUCAGAUUCUGAGUUCUGCGUGCAAUUGGUUUUGGGACAGGGGAUUUAAUGGUUUCUGGGUCGAGGAUUCUAUUACUGAAGUGGACUUGG